UUCGUACGAUUAAAUAGUUGAAGGCUUGACAGCAACCCCUGAAUCUUUUUUUCAGUUUAUUUUUUUCUUCCAACGGCAAGAUAUUAUCAACUCGUGUAUCUCCGUGUUUCGUGUCCUAGGUGGACUCUUUAAGAUCAUUCGAAUGAUUUUGGCUUGAAUUCUCUGUAAUCUUGGUUUAUGACUAUUUGCACAGCUCUUCCAGAUUGGCACGCAUAUACAAUCACUGGAAAGAUGAUUGUUUGUAGACAGCAAGCUUGUUCUUCAGUGACAGAAUCGAGUUGCGAUUUAUUAAGGGGUACAAUGACCUUAUCAGUGCAUUGCACUCGGUGUCAAUUUUAUCAACAUGCCAAAGAACAGCUUGCUGUCCAUAGUGAGGCCGAGGUAAUGGGCCCUCACUAGACCAUUCCAUCGCAGUACCACUAAGUCUGACUUUGACAUAAUAAGUCGGCACAAGUCGGGGGGAUUUAGAAUAUGGAAAAAGUAUGGUCUGGGUCUGUGCCGCGUUGAUAUAAAUUUCCCAUUUGCUACAAUAUUCUGAAAGGACGUUCGAGCCUCUCUGAUGUUUGGCAACGAGAGCUCUAGUCACUCUACCCUUGUAAAUGAUUGCGGUGUCAUCUGCGAACGGCGACAGAACGCCAUCAUCCGGAAGGGGAUCAGUGAAGAUGUUGAAGAGUAUUGGCCCAAGAAUACUUCCUUGGGGUACUCCGGCGUUGGUGUUAAAUGAAUCUGAGUUCGUGCCAUUCAGAAAGACCCGGAAUAUUCUGUUGGAAAGAUAAUUUUUGAUUAUCUUCACUAGGAAAAUCGGAAAAUUGUACCUGUGCAGCUUGUACAUCAGACCAUUAUACCAGACAUUGUCGAAGGCUUCGUCCAGCAAUGCCAUAGCAGAUGUUUUUGCCAACGACUUGUUUCGUCUGAUAACGUUACAGACUCUUGUCAGUUGGUGAACAGUGGAUCGUCCCUUUCGGAAUCCAAAUUGUUCCUCAAGAAAAGCAUUGUUCUCCUCAGCAAUAGGCUAGGAAGAAUAGCUUUUUCAAAAAGCUUAGAAAUAACUGACAGUAGGAUAAUGAGACGAUAGCUAGAAGGCCUAGAAUGAUCUUUCCCAGGUUAAAGGAUUGGUAUGAGCUCGAGGGAAAGUAACCAAGUCGGAGGCAUUGGUUAAAUAUCAAUGCUAAAUGAUGGUAUAAACUGUCACUCAGUUUCUUGAGUUCCAGUUUGAAAGUAUUGUCGAAACCUGCGACCUUCAUAUUCUUCGAAGUUCUCAGAGAGGCCGACAGUUCGUCAGCUGUGAUAACUUGAUUAAUUGGAACAUUUUAAUUACCUUGAUCAAUGAGGAGAUUUGUAUCUGAAACGGAAAACUCGAAGGGACUAAUGAUGUUCAGCCCAAGAUUGUGGGAGUUGACGAAGUGCUGUCAUAUUUCAUUAGCCUUCUCUGCAGGUGUCACCAAACGAUCUAUUGUGCUGUUAACCGAAAUAAGAGGGGUAAGCGUUUGCAUAGGUCUAGGUUUGCUUUUCAAAACUUUGGCUAGUGUCCAAAAUGGACGAGCACAAUCUGGAAGAGGCUGAAGCAAGCUCGGAAUGUUAGUAUUAUGGAGCUCCACGAGUCUGACUGAAGAACCGAAGACCAGUCCUCUGAUACCGCCUCCGGUAUAUGUUAAGAAUUUUAAAAUAAUAUUUGGUAGUAGAAUCAAUGAUUAAGGGGUUGCUCACCUGGGGAAUGAUCCGUACGUGCUAUUCACGAGCUUGUGCAAUCGCCAAUUUGACCUCCUUUAGCGAUCGGUCGAUGUUUUCAGGUGUCGCAGGGACUCGAUCGAAGUCGAUGUUCACAUCGUUUGAAUCUUGAAUUUAUCCCAGUUAAUCGGUGAUAAUCCCUUCGAGUGUUUUGAUGUCUCCUCACGCCGGAACCGAUUUCAACCGAUCACAGCCGAUAAUGUACCUCGUCUGCCGCCGUGUCAGCUUGAUAAUGUCGUUUCGAUAGUCAUUUGCUGAACCAUCCCGUUGAUUGACCUGCUAAGGACAGUAGGCAGCGAUGAUGUUGACCGAUGGACCGACAGAUGACUCUACUUCUACUCCAAUGGCUUCGACAAUUUUCGUUCGGAAACUUGGCAGCAGACGACAGGUGACGUUGCGCCUCACAGCAAUAGUCACUCCUCCGGAACUGGUUGUAUCUAGCCUCAGUAGUCGGAAAUCGGUAAAGUAAACGUUGAUCUCCGAUUUAAGGUGGGUCUCAGUAAUAACAACAAGUCACGUUUUUAUGAAAUAAAGUUAACGUUAAUAACUAUUUUUUCUCUAAACGAAUCGAAAAUUUCCUAAGAUUUGUUUAAUAUGCUACAGAAUCCCUUGGUUUGUAAAUGGUUAAAAUUCAUGAAAAAAUCAAGCGUUUCCAUUUUCCCAUGUAUUUCGUCUGCCCAUUUGUGUGCUUUCACGAACAGAGCUGUCAAUAACGAGCAACUUAUCGACGAGCAACGAAGGGGAAAUCGUAGGAUUGAAAGUCUCCGUGAACAAAGGAAAAAAGAAGAAUGAAGGGGAACACUUGUCUAGAGUAUAAACAGUGGAUCGUUCUGUAUUUAGUUAUCCCCGAUUUUUGAAAUUAAUCGUUCAUCCGCUAAUCGAAUACUUUUCAGCAGUUUGUUAUUCGAUACGAUUAGUCGCCCAAAAUAAUCGAUUAAUUGAUUAAUCCUCUCUCAGUGUGACGAUUAAUCAAUUAAUCGAUUAUUUUGGGUGAUUAAUCGUAACGAAUAACAAACUGCCGAAAAGUAUUCGAUUAGUAGAAUGGUUAUUCCAAAAUUUUCGUUGCAUUAUAAAAUAAUAUCCUCAGUUAUGAACAAGCGACUUGAAUUAAACCACAGCGUAGUUCUACGUCAACAAUGUGGUCGUGUCUUGAACACAAACUCCUAGAAUUUUUCCAAGCAGUUAACAUUGUUUGUUUUCCGUCAUCAUAAGGGCUUCAUUGGUGCCUUUGACAUUGUAUCAAUGCAUUAAACUGACGUUAUGGCGAAGCAGACGUCAACAAAUUAUUUGGGGAAUACCAAGCAUCUUGAAUGUCGUACUGGAAUGUUAUAAGUUAUUUGGGUUCGCGCGCCAGUCGCAAAACUGCCUUCAACUAGGAUUGCAUUUGGGCUAAUUUUGAUCAUCAUGAAGCAAUGCUACUCUUUUCGAGGUUGUUGAAAUUAACAGAAAGAGUUUAUUUCGUUUAAUGCAAUACUAAAUAAUAUGUAGCAUGAUAUUUGAUACCUGCAAGUGCUGCCCUUGUUGUUGUUUCUAUGCGGUGUCAAAGAUAUAUUGAUUUAGUUAAGAUGUGGAAUAAUGGUCAUCUAAUCGUCACGACAAUCCAGGACACGGGCCGAUCCUUGGUUUGGUUGAGUUGCUGCUAUGCUGAGGCGACUUUGAGUUGAGUGCACAGGAUUAACUGCUUGCUUGUUUGAAGAGAUCGGAACGAAAGCUCGAUGAUUAUUUCAAGGAAGCGGCUUCAGAUUCGGAACCAUUCGACGGGGCUGAAGCGCUAGAUAUUGUGAUUCAGUGUUGGCUGGAGAAAGAAGAGCACUGAGUUGGCGACCAAGCCGAUUUCCUAUCGUUGACUAGUGACAAAUGUCGAUGAAUUCUGCUCGCUUGGUACAGGUGCGGGUUGUGGCACGGUGAUUCUCGCCACAGUUCGCGCAUUUCGGCUCGAUGUCUUCUGCUUGACCACAGGAAACAGUGAGAUGGCCACCAGAGCACUUAUCGCAGUACGGUUUCAUAUGGCAGUUUUUUGUACCAUGGCCAAACCAAACCAAAGGCAGUUCAGGCACUGUGUCACGUCACGAUGCUGCGGUCGAUAACGCUUCCAAAUGAUGAUGACUUAAAACAUAUCCCGGAUUCCUUUAGAGCACCAAUGGUUGUGGAACCCAGUGUCGCCACACGUACAAAUUUAUCUGGAAAGGUACAGAUUUUUUUUUGCUAUUUUUGGUACAGAGUACAUAUUUUCGUCAGAAGUUGGUACAGAUUUUUUCCAUAUGUGAAAUUUCACAUUUGAACAAAGCAACAUUAAGGUAUAUGUCGACUUUUACGCCGCAGUAUCGCUUGGUGCGGCUGAUCAUGAAAGUAUUUACAAUGCAAUAUUUGAUCAUUAGGACAAAAUUUCUUACAGGGAUCGUCUGAAAGGAUACGCAUCGGACGGUGUGAACGUGAUGACGAGGGUUUCGAAUUCCGCAAUGCGCUUGAUAAAAAUCGAUUGCCCAGAUCUAUCAGUCGUCAAAUGUAAAUGUCAUUCACUAGUUUUGUGUACUAGUUAUGCAUUUGAGAAAAUCCCUGACUAUCUGAGCAUUUUUUGAGGGACAUAUAUACCUAUAUAUCCAAUAGCCCAAAAAGGACAUGUGCAGGAUUGAUGGACAUAAAUUGGAUGCCUAAAAAUAAUUGACGGUUCGCUCGCAUUUCCGGCGCUACGAUUCCAUGUUUGUAACGUUCUCAACAUACCUCACUCCUCGGCAACUGUCGAGUUAACUUUUUUCUGAAUAUUAUCAGAAGAAAAACAGGAAGUGGGUUAUAUCUGUGGUAUAACCGCAAGGGUGACGUAGGACUAUCGUUGAUUUAGUGAUCAUUUGUUUGAAGUUACAUCUGAAUCAAUUCUCAAUGAAUGGAUGAAUGAAUAAAUUGCAAGAUUGGUGAAAGUUCUUCUUGUAAAUCUGUGAGCGGAUGAGUAUAUGUAUGAAAUAAUCAUAUAUAUUUAGAAAAUUUCAAUCGAACUCUUUGAAAGUUGUGAAGUGGUCCUAGAAACAACCGGUUUGGUGUCCCCUGAAACUUUCGCAUGUCAAAUUUGGCUCUGUUUGCCUUAGAGAAGGGGGUGGAGUGUCUAACCACCAUAGAAACAUUUAUUUUACCCUAAAACCUCUACAUGCCAAAUUUGGUUUCAUUUGCAUGAUUAAUUCUCGAGUAAUGCAGAAAUUUGUGUUUCAUUUUAACCCAUUUAAAUGUGGCAACAUUGGUGGAACCCUCAAAGGGUCCCUUACACGAUAAAUAAUAAUGACAUUACUUCGUCAGAAUGACAAUAACAAUGAUCGUGUAAGGUUAACAAAAUUGAUAUGAUGGGCAAUAAUGAUGCAAAUCCGGAUUUUCUGAUCUCGCUCCAUCAUUAUUGUAAAAGAACAGGGACACUAUCAUUCGAGGUGUCUAGGAUACUGUGCGACAUCUUGUGUUAAAAUCUAUGUUUGUGAGGUAAUUUACUCUCUAUCAGGUUAGUGGGUCCAAGACAAUUUAAAAUUUGAAUGAAAAUUAUUAUUUGCUGUUACUUGAAUGCAUAAAACACGUAGCACUGAACCUUCCGUUCCAUUGACCAUUUUUUUAUAAUUUUUCUGAAAUCACUACCAAAACUCACUAGUAUAAAAUAAAAUUACCACCAGAAUUAGUUUUAGCUCGAAACUUUUUUACCAUUUACGAAAAAACCUGUUACUCUAUUAAAUAGAGCAACAUAUUUGAUGCGAAAAAAAUUAUUUUCAUUUAUACUUUUUGAUUUUAAAAGUUUGUUUCUUCUACCUGAAAACCCGUUAUCAUUUUCGCUUCACAACGAUGAAACCCGAAGCUUAAAAUGUUAAUUCGCGAUGGCGACGAUACAGUGUCGACAUCUAUUGCCCAAAUGAGUGGGUGAAGCACACGGGUAAGAUACGGUGUCGACAUCUACGAAAGCAUUGAAUGGUAAUGAAUCGAACAUAAGCUAUUGAGAUUACUAUUGAAAAAUACAUUGUUAAUAGAUCAAUGAAAAUAAUUUCAAAAUGGUUUUCGAAUGCUCAUAAGACAUUGUUCUGAAUCUUCUUUAUCCAUCACUGAAAGACAUUAUAAUAACAGAUCAAAUUGUUGAAAUUAUAAUUAGAAACCAUUAUUAGCAACAACUUUCGUUCUAAAUUUUUUCAUUGUUUGCAGAAAACCUUUCAAGUUAUUGAUGAGGAUAUUUAUACGAUAUAAUAAAAUUUAUUUUCAUUGAUAAUUUACAUUUCGAAAAUGUGUUAAUUUCUCUUACGACUAUGAAAGCUAGAGUUGCUGCAUUCCUCAAAGCAAUAAAAAUGAUGGUGUAGGGUUCAAGAAUAAUGAUUAUGCCGAAUGGAGUGUGACCAGAAACAACUGCAUUAGUUCAGACUGAACGUCAGUUGUUUCGGAUGGUGGUAGUCCUCGUAGUCCACCUUUAGUGGUUCGCCGACGGCGAAUCGUGCGUGAAAAACUCACCUCCUUCCGAUUUUAAAAAGGAGCCGAUCUUAGUAUAUUCCUGCAUGCUAGAGCAUACGAUUUUAAUUUCCACACUGCACAGUUUGAAAAGUGGCUGAAGGUUCCGGCAGUACGGAGUACAAGUUGCUCUGGAGGCAGUGUUUGGAUUUCGAUCAAAAUCGAAUGAUAGACAAUGUGUCAUGCAAGUAACCUCUCACGAACAUAUAAUCAAAUAUGAGAGGAUCAUUUAGAUACUUGUAUGAAUGACAGUAAUCACUUGUGUAACAUUACAUGAUUAAACCAAGAGAGGAACGAAGACUGUCUUCUUCUUCUUCUUUUUGGCUUUAAGAGGGUUUAAACUUUUCAGUUCAUUCGCCUCUAUACCACGAAGACUGUUGUUUUCAUAUUUGAGCUGUAUCAAACAUCGCAAACCAUUUUCGGAGCCUGCAUACAAGUUUGAACCGCAUAUAUCGUCCCGCUCUACUAUAGCGAAGCUUAGAGGCGAAUGAACUACAAAGUUUGAAGCCUCUUAAAAACAAAGAAAGAAGAAGAAGCGAAACCCACUGCAUGACAAGUGCAAAGAAAUAAAUGAUGCAAGAAAAAUUACGUCAUCAUUCGGUCACCAUUUGCGGAGAGCAACGAAUGGGAAAAGAGAGCGGUGUUGCCAGUAAAACUAUGUGAUCUAUAUGAAUAUACAUAUUUCAAGGGAUAGCGGCGUUCAAAAUGGAAAAUAUGAUCUGUCUACCCUUCCCUUAGCCUCUAUCGAGCUAAAUAAUCAUAUAGUUUGCACUCUCUGAAACUUAAAAAUCAGGAUCUGCUACAUCAGCUGAAUAUGAAUCAUUCGCUUUGCGUAGUCCGUACGAUCCUGCUGUUUCAUGAUGCAUGUAGUGAUCCCCGAUUUUUGAAAUUAAUCGUUCAUCCACAAAUCGAAUACUUUUCAGCAGUUUGUUAUUCGAUACGAUUAAUCGCUCCAAAUAAUCGAUUAAUCGAUUAAUCGUCACACUGAGAGAAAUAAUUAGUUAGACUAAUAUUUCUCAUUUGUUAGAAAGCCAUCUGGAAUCAAAAAAGUGUUUAUUCCGCCUGAAAAUCAAUUAUUAUCAUUUACGCUCCCCUAAACUCGUAAACGAAGUUCAUUUCGAAUCGACGGCAUUGAGCCUCUUUUCGGAGUUUAGGAGAGCGUCAAAGAUAAUAAUUGAUUUUCAUAAUAAAACUGCAGCGGCCAUACGGUUUUUUUUGUGCUCUGGGUUUGGAUCGAUUAAUCGACGUAAAUUAUUCGUUCGCUUCGAUUAUUGGUUGUGCAGUAUUCGUUCGAUUAAUAAUCGAUUUCUGUAUGAAGUAUUCGAUUAAUCGAUUAAUCGAACGAUUAUCCGGGAUCACUAGAUGCAUGGAGAGGUCGAUAUGCAUAUGUUAGAGGCAAAGAAGAAAAUAAACUUUCUGCACCGAAAGCGUGUAUGAUGGUUCUGCUUGCGUGUCGGUGUAUCAUGAAGUGCGGACCGAUGCAAUGUUGUCUCGUUCUCUUUUGUGUCGUGAUUUGCAGCACUUAACAACAAGAGGAUGCCGCUGGAGGAAAUGAUUUGUGUAUGAUCAUAUUUGAACGAACGAAAGCGAUUUUUUCAGUGAAUGGAUCAUUUGGCAAACACUGUCUGGAGGAGAAGAUUCGUUGUUUCAUCCGUUGGGGCGUUGGUUGAUGUAGAAUUCCUUGGCGAUAUCGACCAACCACGAAUCCACUUCGAAUGCGGAGACCAAUGCAGCUUUUGCUUUGAUAUACACAAUAGGGAAUUUCAUCACGCCCUGAUCCCUACUGACCUUCAGAAACAGAAGCUAGAUACUAUUCACCAGAAAUUGAGCGGUUUCACUUCCCAUUUGAGCAGCUACCUUACGUGCGACAAAUGUCGUCAAGAAUUUGUAGGCCUCCAUAACAUUCCCGAGAGCUGCUUCCAAAUUGUGUCCAACGUCAAACCGACUGACAUCAAAUUGGAACCAGAGUUGAUGAUUGAUGACGAUACUGAGAACACGCUUGAGUCCGACCUAACAGCAGACGUUGGACAAACUGAACAGGAAGCAGAAGUGCAAAUCAAGGAAGAAAUAAACGAAAAAGACGACAAUACAUCAAUCAUCCCGGUUGCUUCAGUCCGUCAUAAAGGGGGGAAACCAUUUCAAUGUGAAAAGUGUGACAAAACAUAUUGUACAAAAUACAAACUUCAAGCGCACGUUCGAAUUCAUACGGGUGAACGUCCCCAUUCUUGUCCACACUGUCGGAAAACGUCAGUGAAUGCUUCAGCACUCCAAAUGCACAUUCGAACUCACACGGAUGAGCGUCCCUAUCAUUGUCCCCAUUGUCCGAAAGCGUUUAAAAAUUCACUAACGCUCAAAGAACAUAUUCGAACUCAUACGGGUGAACGUCCCUACUCUUGUCCAUACUGUCCGAAAGCGUUUAAGAGUCAUUCAACUCUUCAAGACCACAUUCGAAUUCAUACGGGUGAAGUUCCAUUUUCUUGUACACAUUGUGCGAAGACAUUUAAACAACGUUCGGCGCUCACACAGCACAUUCGAAUUCAUACGGAUGAACGUCCUUAUUCUUGUUCACAUUGUCCGAAGACGUUUAGACAAAGUUGGGCGCUCAAACAGCACAUUGGAAUUCAUACAGAUGACCGUCCCUACUCUUGUCCACAUUGUCCGAAAGCGUUUAAGAAUAGAAAUACACUUCAUCAGCACAUUCGGUCACACACCAAAACGAGCACAUUUGAUAGUUGUGGUACUCGAGAUGGUGAUUUCUAUGUUUUGUGCUGUAAAUUCAUUAGUAUAAAAGAAAAUCGGUACAUGAGUGAGAUGGCAAUUGUUCGUAACAAUUUAGUCCAAUGCAGCUUUUGCUUCGAUGUAUGCAAUGAAAAAUUUCAUUACGCGCUGGUCCCCACUUACCUUCAAACGCAGAAGCUAGAAAUUAUUCUGCAGAAGUUACGCGGUUCCACUUCCCAGUUGAGCAGCUAUCCCACGUGCGACAAAUGUCGCCAAGUGUUCACAAGCCUCCAUAGUGUUCCUGAGAGCUGCUUCCAAAUUUUGCACAGCGCUGAACCGACUGUCAUCAAGAUGGAACCAGAGUUAAUGAUUGAUGACCACGAGCAGUCCGAUACCGGUUACAUUUUCGAGACAGACCCAACAGCGGAUUUUCAGUCAAUUGAACAGGAAGCCGAAAUGCAAAUCAAGGGCGAAAUCGACGAAGAAUUCUUAAUCAACGACAUGGAGGAACAAGACAACAAUACAACAAUCAUUCCGGCUACUUCAGUACAUCGUAAAGGUAAACUUCCAUUUUCUUGUCCACAUUGUCCGAAGACAUUUAGACACCAUUCGGCGCUCAAACUGCACAUUCGAUCUCAUACCGGUGAACAACCAUUUAUUUGUUCACAUUGUCCGAAAGCAUUCACGAAGGCUUCAUCGCUUCAAGUACACAUUCGAAUUCAUACGGAUGAACGUCCCUACUCUUGUCCCCAUUGCCCGAAAGCGUUAAGGGAUUGCACAGCGCUCAAAGUGCACAUCCGAACUCAUACGGGUGAACGUCCCUAUUCUUGUCCACAUUGCCCAAAAACGUUUAAGGAUGCUACAGGCCUACAAGGGCACAUUCGAACUCAUACAGAUGAGCGUCCCUACUCUUGUCCACAUUGUUUGAAAGCGUUUAGACAACUUACGGCGCUCAAACAGCACAUUCGAACUCAUACGGAUGAAUAUCCAUAUCCUUGCCCACAUUGCCCAAAAGCGUUCAAACAUUUACCAACGCUCAAAGAACAUAUUCGAACUCAUACGGGUGAACGUCCCUACUCUUGUUCACAUUGUUCGAAAACGUUCAAGAAGUCUUCAGGGCUUCGAGUACACAUUCGUAUUCAUACGGGUUGGUAAAUAACGUUUUAAUAUAGUGAACCAUUCGAAACAGUCUUCCCUUUACAGGUUAAUUUCCUUUUUGUUAUUAACAUUGUCCGAAGCCGUUUAGAAAGCAUUCGGUGCUUAAACUGCACACUCCAGAUCAUACUUCGUUUCGAUCAUAAGUCAUACAAGCCUGGGAUGGGGAACUAUCAUUAUUAUUCGGCUGGAUUAUGCAGAAGCGUGUGAAAUAAAUUUGUUGAACCGAUAAUUAAUUCG